CUGGUAUGAAUGUUCAACCAAUAAGGUCAUGUUUCUUCUACAUCAUCGCCUAUAUUAAUAUUUUAUUUAACUUCUGUUAUACUGUUAGACCGAUGCUGUGGUAUGAGUGUACAACAGAUGACAUGUGGUUUCAGUGCCAGACCGAUGCUGUGGUAUGAGUGUACAACAGAUGUCCAUGUGGUCAUAUUUCCUCUAUGUCAUCGCCAAUAUUAAUAUUUUAAUUUAAAUUCUGUUUCAGUGCCGGACUGAUGCUGUGGUAUGAGUGUACAACAGAUGUCCAUGUGGUCAUGUUUCUUCUACAUCAUCGCCAAUAUUAAUAUUUUAAUUUAAAUUCUGUUUCAGUGCCGGACUGAUGCUGUGGUAUGAGUGUACAACAGAUGUCCAUGUGGUCAUGUUUCCUCUAUGUCAUCGCCAACAUCGCUGGCCUCGUCCUGCACUGGCUGUACUACCAGGAGCGCAUCAAGAAGUCGCGAAGCACAUCCAGCUCAAGCACGGACUUCACGGACAUCUCGGAGAUGAAGAAGGUAAUGCGGUACAAACACACCCCAUCGCUCCUGGCCAUGCUCGGACUCCAGGCUCACCACACGUUCUUCGCAUUCGACGACCAUUUCAACACGUUCAAGGAAGUGAGUCUUGCGUGCAGAAAAGCAGGGCUGGAGAAGUGUGGUCUGAUAAUUGGGGUGGACUUCAGUGCCAGUAACGAGUGGCAGGGCAGGAAGACGUUUUCGAGUCAGAAUCUUCACAGGAUAAUACCAGGAAGGAUUUACAACCCAUACCAGAAGGUGAUCUCCAUCAUUGGGAAGACGUUGGAACCAUUUGACGACGACAAUUUGAUUCCAGCAUUCGGCUUCGGUGACAGUUCUACUCUUGGAAUGGAUGUCUUUUCUUUUGUAUCAUCUGGGAAAAUGUGUUGUGGUUUUUCAGAAGUAUUGGAUCGCUAUUCUGAUAUCGCUACAAAAGUCAAACUAGGUGGACCAACAAAUUUUGCGCCUGUGAUUUACAAAGCCAUAAAUAUAGUGAAAGAAAGCGGCAAGUAUCAUAUUUUGAUCAUCAUCGCAGAUGGGCAGGUUAAUGAAGAACAAACGACAAUUGCCGCAAUUGUGGAGGCCUCGAAUUAUCCGCUGAGUAUUAUUCUGGUUGGUGUGGGCGACGGACCGUGGGAUGUUAUGGAAGAUUUUGAUAACUGUUUACCACAGAGGAAAUUUGAUAAUUUUCAGUUUGUUAAUUUUCAUGCUGUUACCGCAAAAGCCAGAAAUCCAGAAACGGCUUUUGCCCUGCACGCAUUGAUGGAAAUUCCUGAUCAAUAUAAAACAAUAAAAGCCCUCGGUUACAUCACACAGACUAACGAAGGCAAUGGUAACUGUGUACAAAGUCUGGAGGCAGAGAACAGUUAGAACACAAAGCUUGUUGCUCAUGCAAAGGACAUAUUUAUUUAAUGACAUAAUGCCAUUUUGACAGGUUAUUGAGAGAGAGACAGAGAGAGAGAGAGAGAGAGAGAGAGAGAGAGAGAGAGAGAGAGAGAGAGAGAGAGAGAGAGAGAGACAGAGAGAGAGAGAGAGACAGACAGACACACAGAAAGAGAGAGAGUGACUGACAGAGUUGGAGUGACAGAAAGAGAAGCAGGGUUUUAGAUCACACUAAUUUUGGCACUGCAGGCUUUUUGUCUGUUCUGAGCAAACUAAUGUCUUUUUAGUGCAGUAAUGUUAAUAAUAGCUCCCAAUGAGUUGUACAUAUUCACAAAUGCAUUUCCAGUUAUUUUAAUCUAAUACAGCUUAACAUUGCCUUGAUUUUGAGGUGAUAUGUUAAAGGUGGCAUGUUUGUAUUCAUUUUGACUUGCUUAUUUUGGGCAUACUUUUUUGGGGCACACCCUAUAUUGCCUCAGCUUUGGUGCUGUCUAAAGCACUGAGAAGAGAGACACAGUGAGAGAAACAGGAAGAGAGAGAGGGGAGAUAUAUAUAUAUAUAUAUAUAGAGAGAGAGAGAGAGAGAGAGAGAGAGAGAGAACGAGAGAGAGAGAGAGAGAGAGAGAGAGAGAGAGAGAGAGAGAGAGAGAGAGAGCCCGCCCUGUUGUGCCACAGAGUCCUUCCAUGAUGCACUUUAUAUGCACUUUCUCAUAGGCAGGAUAAUACCUACCAUAAUGUUUGAUAGACUAUUCAUAGAGCACUGAUUAUUAUGCAGGCAAAGACAGACGUGUGUAUGAAGCAUCUAGAAUGACAGGAAGAUUA